GGUUAGGUUCCGGUGUUUGGGUUGAAGCCAUUCGGCGACAGUCAGUGAAACUAUUUGUACUUAGGAGACUGUUGUCGCUGAUUCUAAUUCUACUUGUCCUCCUUCUCCACAAAACCCUAAUUCCUCUUAUUCACCAUUUUUGUUUCACAUUCACAUCCAUGGCUGGACCAAACGACCCCAAUGAACCCACAUUACCCCCGAAGCGUAAGUCCGAUCCUGAUCUUCAAGAUCUCCCAUCCAAAAUUGCAAAGCUCGCCACUCCCGACCUCAAACAAACCCACGAACCCCAACCUAGUGCUGACCACAGCACUUCCCAACCUCCCACUUCUUCCUCCGACCCUAAGGAACCCGACAAAGAAAUCCAAAACGACGACGUCGAAGAAAAGAACCCCCUAAACGACGACGAGGAGUACCAAAACGACGUUGAGGAUGAAGACGACGAUGACGACGACGACGACGAGGAAGAGGAAGAGGAAGAGGACCGAAAGGGGAAAGGGAUUUCGCGUGAAGACAAGGGAAAAGGGAAAAUGGUACAAGAAGACGAGGAUGAUGAUGAUGAUUCCGACGACGAUAGUGAUGACGACGCUUCCGAUGACGACGGAAGUGACUUCUCUGACGACCCGCUCACAGAGGUCGAUUUGAAUAACAUUCUGCCGUCCAGGACUCGUGGGCGGACGGGGGCGGCGAGUGCAGGAGUGCACAUUUCCGAUGACUCGGGGAAAGCGGCCGUAGGCGGCCUAGGCGAUGAUGACGAUGAUAGCGACGACAGUGAUGCUUGAGUUCUGCACAGAUUGUAGCUUGGCUUCUCUAGUUUGCUAGUGAUCGCAAUCUGUGAAGUUAUAUGAUAUGAGGGGACAUCGCAAUCUGUUUUGGAAUCUUGGGUCUUCAUCACCUAAGAUGUGGGGCAAGCUCUAGUUGAGCAAAAUCAAAAAUCCUCCCCCACUAUCCCUGUUGUUGAGCCUAUCCUAGAUGCCGUUUAAAUGUGCUGAGCUUAGGUCAUAUGGUCCAAUGAAUUUUAACAACUAGAGAUGUUUCUAAAGACUAAACUGCUAAAACAAAGUCUUGCCACAGUUUCUUCUCUGAAGCUCUGUUGUUGUAUAUUCAUGAUUAUUCUUCCAUUUUCUGAGACAUUGUUUGCAAGGUGAACUCAUCAUUUGGCUUUCACAUAUAUUCCAAAAAUAAAUGUGUGAGAACUUCAAUGUUUUGUAUGAUCUACACAAUUUAUUUCAAUGCUGUCUGAUAAACUUUAAAUAAAUUUUACAGGUAAUUAGUUCAGAUGUAGACCCUCUAUAGCCAAAUUUUCUGCAAAAUAAUUCUUAUUGUGUUCAUUGAAGACAGUAUUCAUAGGUGUUAAUAGGUAUUUAAUAAAGAAAAUGAACAUAUUCCUGAUCGCGCUAUGUGCUUGGAAAAAAGUUACUGUCGUGUAAUCUGCUGCAAUAGGGAGCCUAAGUUCAAAAUAAGCAAUAAUAAAUUAUGUGAACAAGUACACCUUUCUGUUAGUAUAAUGCUAUUCUUCUGCUAUGUAUAUAUUGAAGACAAAUUAGCGUAAACUUUUAUGGCUUGUUUAUCAAAUUUUACAUCUGAACUUGUGUUUGAAGUAAGCCCACAACAAUCAACGAAGUUGCUUUUUCAGUUGAGGUAAAGGAACUUGUUUUAUUUCUCAAAGGAGCCAAAAAUAUAAAGGCACUUUUAAGUGGCAUGACAUCAGAAGCAUAUUAAAGAUAAGCAUGACAUCGGUGCUUUUCUAAGGAAGUAAAAAUAGAAAUAGGAGAAAAGAAAACUACAACCUUGUGCAUGCCACACAAGACUGCCAUUAUGCCAGGUCUCUGAAGGGUUAAAUUUAUACACCCUUUACUCCCAUGAGCAGAAAGGCUAUUUUGGCAACUGGAACCAUUGCAUUGAGGGGAAAAUGUAUUAAUCUUGUUACACCAAGCUUCACCAUCUAACGCUACAAACACAGAUUGUUUAAGCAUAAUAGGUUAUUUUUGUAGAAGCUUUAUAGAAAAUAAAUAAUUAAAGAAGAAAGUGUUCUUCAAA